AUGAGUUCGGUCCCUAAGCCCUCUCUCCGCACGGAGCAUCUCGAACGCACACACAUUUUGCAGCAGAUUCUCCGAGAUGUCGACGCCUACUCUUCCGAAUUCGACAAGGUCGACUACGAUUCCCUCAAGCAAGACGUCCUAAGGCCUGUAUUGGCCGAAACAUUCGACCCGGAGACCCAAAUUCGCGGGUUCUUAAAGACGUUCAGACACACUCCUGCCUAUAAGAGUGCGUUCUCUCAGAUUGAGAGCCAGGAACUCAAGGACCAGAUUGAGAAGUUCAUCGACGGAAAAGGCGCAAAAGAUGUUGUUGGAACAGACGGUUUCCACCUCCUCGCGCACAAAAGCCCGCCCGUGCACCACCAUUUCUCUCUUCUCGCUGAGCUAAAGAAGUUGAUGCUAGGCGUCGUCGGACUCAACGACGCUGUCAAGGACGUGCUGCACCCCAAACACAAACAUGUCAAAGACCUUCCCAUCGUGUACGAAGAUGCCGCGAGCAGCAAGGUCGUCGAGGUAGGUACCAAUUGA